GCACUGGCUCGGUGCUGCUCCUUCAGCGAUCGCUCACUCACGAAGCGUUGCACUGGGAACUUGUGGAGUGGCACUACGUCCCCGUCUCUGCCAGCCUGGAUGACCUCAUUGAACUGGUUACAACCUUGGAGGGCAAUGAGACCCUUGCCAAACAGAUUGCCGAGGCCGGAGCUGACUUCUACGCUCGACGCGUGCGGCCAGAGGAUGCCUACUGCAUGGCGCUGCGAACCUUGGAGGUUUCCCAGCUUCCAGAGGUGACACCACAGAUGUUGGCGAGUCGAGGCUUUGCGCGGGCUCCUGGCCUGGAAGCGCUUCCAUACACAUCGGCCAAAUCCGCUCCGUCCACGCUUCGCGAGCGAAUAGAAAGCCACCUGGAGCUGUGA